UAGAAGUGGAGUCUUCAUAGAGGUUGGCAAGUAUUCCGAGGAGAUAGCACGGAUGAAAACAAUCACUUAUUUACAGUAAAAAAGAAUUCAAUUCUCAUGAUUCAUACAGAGUGGGACGUGCUUCUUGCUGCUAACACUGAGGAAGUAGAAUGGGAUUUCAAGAUCACAGGAGAAUUCAGCAAGAGAUCAAUCAAAGUGUUUCAUAAGCAAAAUCCAAGUGCUGCAAUAGCUGAGAUGAGCCAGCAUGAUAAGGUGGUGAAGGUGAGACUGGCGAACGAUGCAUUCAGGAUGACUAUCAGUUCAAACAUAGACUUUGCCUUCGUUGCCUCGUUGAUUAGCAUAUUCCAUCAGUCGCAGCAAAGAAAAAAUGCACGCAAAGAAGGUAUGCAAACAGCAGCAAACGAAAUAGGACAAGUGGCAGUAGAUCUAGGGACAUCGAUAGCAGGAGCCGCGACAUCUCAAUCUCAGUAAGGGGAAGAACAAGUACUACUACUGCAAACAAAUCAAGAAACUCAAGAGGAAGAUAUAUGGUGAUGAAGAAGAAGAAGAAGAAAAUGAUGAUGAUGAUGUGAUGAUGAAUAUUAUCCAUGUGUUUGCAUUAA